AUGAGCAGAAGAAGAUUUGAACCUAAGAGGGCGGUGGAGCAGCUGAGAGCAUGUGGAGUCCUGGAGACGAUACGUAUCAGCGCUGCAGGAUACCCAUCAAGGUGGUCAUAUUCAGAGUUCUUCACCCGCUACCGUGUAUUGAUGGUUCGGAAGGAGAUCAACAAAAAAGACGUGAGAGGCACCAGCGAAAAGACGCUCAAGCGACUCAUCGUGCGUGAAAAUCCAAAGGAUCCAGACAAAUAUCAGUUUGGAAAGACCAAGAUCUUUUUCCGAGCUGGCCAGGUGGCUUACCUCGAGAAGUUGAGAGCGGAUAAGCUGCGUGCAGCCUGUGUUCUUAUGCAGAAGACUGUACGAGGCUGGAUGCAGCGCACAAAGUACCAGAGGUUGCUGGCGGCAACCAUCGUCAUGCAGAAGUACACCAGAGCUUACCUUGCCAAAAAGCUUACCAAGUUCUUACGGGAAACCCGGGCCUCCAUCAUCAUCCAGAAGACAUGGCGUCGCUAUCGAUGCCGUCGCGACUUCCUCAUCAUCCGCAACGCGACCCUCAAGAUCCAGUCGUACUACCGGGGAAUGGUCGGUCGCAACAUCUACAUGGAAGCACUCCGCCAGCACCGGGCAACCACCCUCCAACGGUACAUCCGUGGUUGGCAGGUGCGGACGUGGUACCGGAGGACGCGGAGGGCUCUUGUACUGCUACAGUGCUGCGUAAGGAGAUGGAAAGCAAGGAAGGAACUCAAACUACUCAAGAUCGAGGCUCGUUCAGUGGAACAUUACAAGGCCCUCAAUCGUGGAAUGGAGAACAAGAUUAUCUCUAUCACGCACAAGGUUGAUGAGCUGAACAAAGAAAACGUGCGUCUGCGGGAGACAGAACAGGUCAUGCUGAAGCUCAAGGAUGACCUUGGAGAUUUGGAGAAGGUCAAGGCCGCGUCCAAGGAGCUCAAUAAGACCGUGGUGGACCAGGAGACGGAGCUGGAGAAGCUGAGGAGACUCCUGGAGGAGACACAGACGGAGAAGGGUGUGGUAGAAGAGGAGCUUCAGUCAGUCGUAAAAGCCAGAGCUGAGGAGAAGAAGCAGUAUGAAGAAGAAAGCAAUAAGCUGAAGGAUAGCCUUGUUGAACAAGAGAAUAAACUGAAAGAAUUGGAGGAGAGCGUUGAAUUGCAAGUCAACACAGCUGUUGGGGAGACCAAAGAGCAUCUGAUUGCGGAGUUUGAAGAUGAGCGAUCACGGCACCAGAAGCUCCUCCAGGACUACACCCGCCUGGAGCAACGCUUCGACAACCUCAAAGAGGACAUGCAGGCGAUGGAGAACAGUCCUACAGCUCACAUGAACGGUGGGAUGGUACCACGGCAUGUACGAGCUGACAGCAGCGAGGGCGCCGAGUCGGGUUACGGCACCCUGGCCACCACCACCACGGAGGAUGCUGAAAAUGUGGAGGUAGAGAUUGAAGAGCAGGGUGAAGAGAAAGCCAGCAUGGACAUCAGUGUUUUCAUCAAGCUUCAACAGAGAUGCAGAGAUCUUGAGAAGGAGAAGAGUAAACUAGAAGUCCAGUUAGAGAAGAGGGAUGUGGAUGGACGCAACAGGACCAACACCAUUGAGAAUGAACUUGAUCAUUUUCACCUCAUGAACAAUGACCUGAAGGAGGAGAACAACAGACUAAAGAAAGACUUGGAGAACUUGAGACGUACCCUGGAGGGUGAUGAUGAAGAGAACAACCCUGUCAAGAUCCUGAAUAACCAGGUGGAUGUACUCAAUCUAGAGAAUGAGAAACAUAGACAGGAGAUCGUCAAACUUAAGACAGACCUUGUCAAUAGGAGAAGACAAUGGGCUUUACAGGAAGGAGAUAGCGUAGAGACAGGAACUAACACUGAACAGCACAUGUUGGUCAGUGAUGAAGAUCUGGACAACCUUCAACUGGACUCUAGUAGUAUAAUCUCAGAUUACAAGUCGGUCAAGACAACCAACCAUUUGUUCAAUGCAUUGGCGCACAGUCAAACAAGUCUUGAAGAAACCGUCACAAACUUCGGCAAUCUGGCUGAAAAUCACAAUGACCUCCUGGUUGCUAAGAUAAUAUUAGAGAAGGAGAUCCAGGCUCUGAGGAUGAAUUUUGAUUAUGAGAAGGCUGAUCUUAAAGAACAGAUUAAAAAGCUUCAUGAUGAUAACGAGAGACAGCAGACUAUCAUUGGAGAGAACCUGAAAUUAACUCCAAAUGCAAGGGUUAGCCAAGCAGUUCAAUUUGAGCUCUCCAGAUUGACCAACGAAAACAUUAAUCUUAUGGAGGAGAAGGAAUACCUGGAGAAGUUUGUGAAGAAGCUCAAGAAGCAGCUUAAAGCAGCUCACAAGAGACUCCAGUCCACAUCAUCAUCUGCUGAGAUGGGAGGAGCCCUUGUGCCCUACGUAAAUGUCACAUUCCUCCGUCUUGUAUACCUCCGUCUCCGUACCUCAUGGAUUUUCAGAAUUUUAGCCUUUCCUUAUUGGCUCUUUUGUCACCGGAUCAUGGCCACAGCCAAUAAUAUUGGUGACGUUCAUCUCUCAGGAGUGCCGUCAGAGUUCAGCGACACGCCUGAAUCGACACACGCCAAUGUGAGAGUGAAGGAACGAGAAGAGAUGAUGGGAAUGCUAGAAUACAAGGCUGAUGAUGAACCAAAACUUCUAAAGAUGGUCAUCAUUGACUUUGUUCCAGAGGUAGCAGAGGGUCACUUACCUGGCCUGCCAGCAUACAUUAUCUUCAUGAGUAUCCGUCAUGCUGACUAUGUCAAUGAUGAUAGGAAGGUCAAAUCAUUGCUUACAGGGGUCAUCAAUGGUAUCAAGAAAACUGUCAAGAAACAUUUUGAAGAUUUUGAGUAUGUAUCCUUCUGGUUGACGAAUGCAACAAGGCUUCUUCAUAAUCUCAAACAGUACAGUGGAGAGGAGAGUUUCUCAUCAAAGAACACGGAGCGACAGAACGAGCACUGUUUGCGAAACUUUGACCUCUCAGAGUACCGUCAUGUGAUGAAUGAUCUUGGGAUACAUAUCUAUCAGAUGCUCAUCAGAAUCAUUGAGAACAGGGUUCAACCGAUGAUAGUGUCAGCCAUGUUGGAAGGUGAGAUGGCUGGAUUAGUGAGCAGCAAACCCACAGGGGUCAGAGGUCGUAAUUCAACCAUCAGAGAAAAAGAGGUCAAGAACGUCUCAAUAGACUCUCUCAUUAAACAGUUGGGAACAUACAUAUCAGUGAUGAAUAUCCAUGGUAUGGACCCAGAACUCGUCAAACAGGUCGCAAGACAGACCUUGUAUUUGAUCACAGCCAGUACUAUUAACAACAUACUUCUUAGGAAGGACAUGUGUCAUUGGUCCAAAGGAGUACAAAUCAGGUAUAACCUGAGUGAGCUUGAAGAGUGGCUCAGGUCAAGUCGAAUCUAUGACAAGAUCAUGGAGACGACCCUUGAACCCUUAGUACAGGUUGCACAGCUUCUUCAGGUCAAGAAGAGGACAGACGAUGAUGUGGGUAUCAUCUGUGACACAUGUACUCAACUCACAGUCACACAGAUCAUCAAGAUUCUGAAUCUUUACACGCCGGAUGAAUACGAGAAGAGAACUGAGAUCGCAUUCAUCCGCAAAGUCCAGUCGCGUCUUGUUACCCGAGAUGACCCGAAGCGAGAAUCACAGCUUCUUAUCGACGCCAAGCACACAUUCCCUGUCACGUUCCCAUACAACCCUUCAAGCGUAGAGUUGAACGAGAUCACGAUACCUGACACGUUUCACCUGGACUUUCUUAAAAAGCUCUGAACAUGCAACCCUACGUAGGUGUUCACAAGAGACUUUACACUAGUGUGUUUGAUGAUUAAUAUUUCAUUCUACGAGUAUCAGGAUUAUUCACACAUGGAUCUGAUUAGGUACUAAGUUAGUGUCACAACAGGAAAAAUACUCUUGUGAGGAUGACCCCGAGUGCUUGAUGGUAUAUACCAAAGUAUUGUAUUCUGAUCUGUCUGGAUAUUGCUAUAGCAGCUCACCAAUCCUAAAAGCUACAUUUGGAAUGUCUGUACAUUCAUUUGGGGAAGAGAAGAGACAUUCAUCAUCUAAUCAAAGAUAUUUCCAAAGAUCAUUGACUUUUCAGAGUGUAAAUCAGCAACAAUAUAUUCAUAUUUUCUUUUUCAAAGCUAUAACAUGACUUGUAGAUGAUUUUACAAACGGUAUUAUUGUUUCUUUUGUAAUCAUGCCAUUUACAAUCUAUUGUUGCCUAUUUCAGAUCAUUCUUUUAGAGAUAUAUCUUUGCGAAUAUGGAAUACAGGACAAUAAUAGACUUUUAAACUCAUCACAUACGAAUUUGCUGAGGCGAGAAUAUAAGCAUGUUUUAAAAGGAAAUAUUUAUACAGGAUAAGCUUUAUUCGGUGGAAAGCAUUCUAGGUAGCUUGAUCUGUGUUUUAGCAGAUAUUAAGAUAUGAUUUCUAGGAGUAGUUAUGCUUGCCUAUUUGUUUUGAAAUUUGUUGUGGAUUUCUAGUCAUAGAACUAAUCAGGAUGAAUAUAUAUUUAUUUGAAAAUAUAAUCCAAACGAUUUGCCAGUAGAAAUAAUCUCACUCUUUAGGUGGCUCAAUAUCUAUGAGGUUUUUUUUCAUUUGGGACUUGUAUCUUUCAUAUUUUUUUGUGGAAACUUAUUUUCAUUUGCCUUCUGAGAGUGUGGAAUAUGUUCUGGCACUAUUUCAUGUAUAUUUAUGAUAAUAAUGAAAAUAAUGUCUUAUUUAAAGAGAGUUUUACCUCAGGAGCUCACAACAGGUAUUCAUAGUGUAUUUAAUUGAAAAAUAAAAAGGGCCCUGUUACAUUAAGAGAUACAAUUGAUAUUUAUGAUUGAUUGUAAUUUUGUUUUUAUAUGGUUGCCAUUAACUAAAAAUUAUGCUUGAUUGUACAAUCAAUUGUAUUUUUGUUCAUGUAAUAGGGUCCAGUGAUGACAAAUAAUUAAUGAAAAAAGUUAUUAGGAUGACAGAAUCCUUUCCCCACACUCAAAUAUUAAUUAAUAGAUUUUCCUCAAAUUAUGUUUUGAUAUUUUGUCCAAGAAAAAGACUACAACUAACAUUUGGCAAUUAUAUGUAUUGAAUUAAUGAGCAAUGUUCAAAUGAAUAAGGUAUAUAGAUGUAACUUGAUUUUUUUUAGUUUGAUGAUUUUUCUUUUACUUUGUAAUGUGUACCCGAAUUCAUAGAGCAUUAUAGAAUUAUAUAGAUGACAUUUACUUUACAAGAAACGUGCUUUCGUCAUUGAUGUUGCCUACAUGUAUAUCCUAUAGUCCUUAAUAAAAGUCUGUGAUUCUCAUAAUUGCAAUAUAGAAGCAAUGGAACAAACAUAGGACAGGUUUAUCACUUCACUGUAUUGACAAAUGCACCUUAGUUCUACUGGACAUAGAUGUCAGAUUAUGUAUGGAAGUGGGCACUUACAUAUAUUCACAAUGAAUGCAUUUGGGGAUUUUGCAAUGUUGUUCCAAAUAUCACAAUAUCGGCACAGAUUACAUGCUUGUUGUUGUCCUGUAUUACCAUGUCAUAUUUAUUCACAUUUGUAAUUUGUAAUAAUUGUUUAUUGUGAUCAUGUUCUCAUGUUUAUAUUGUGUUUAGAGGUUGACUCAUAAUUUUGUUUAUCAAUUGCCAUGGGGUAACACAGUGCUUCCAUUUAAUCGUCUAUUUUUGUGUUUAUUUGACAGAAAAAGAUCAACAUUAUCUUGUUGUGUUCAGUAUACUGUGGACUCAUACCAGUAAUUUCUAUUCUAACAUCCCUCUCUUUUUCCUUGUAUAUUGCUGGCUUUUUUCUCCCGACUCCCUUGCUCUUUCAUGUCUUUCUCUCUCUUUCCUUUUCUCUUUCUCUCUUGACACCAUUGUACCACAAUGCAUUCCAGAAUUAAUGUAUAUAUUCAGUUUUUCUUUUUCAUUUUAGAUUGUUGUCUUUGGAAAUUUUAUUGAUUCAUGUAUGGUUUCUUUAUCAUGAAUGAUUGAUGAUCAGAUGCAGAGGUAGAUGUAGAUUGGGGAAUCGGUUUUAGUCUGUAAAUUGGACAACUCUAUUUAUGAAUGAUUAUGAAUUAUAAACUUGGAAAUAAGUGAGAAAAGUCAUUUCUUGUUACAAGGAUUUUUAUGAUAUUGGAUCUGUAUUGAACUCUGAAAAGAAAUCAUGUUUGUACUCAUUGUGACAGUAGCACCCGUAAUUGGCUGUGUUAUGUUCAGAGUUAUGACCCUAAAUGUAUAUGUUGCAGAAAGAGUAUUUUUUAUAAGAUGGUUGCCACAAUAUGAACUUGAUGUGAAGUUUGAGUUAACAGCACUACAUUAUUUUCUCGCCCAAUCAUUCUGAGAAUUUUGACAUAAUAAAACACAUAGAUAUGUUGUGAAUAAUGGCUGCAAAUGAGAAGGUAUAUUUGUUAGAAUCCUGAACAUCUGUAUAUUUAUUUUAUAUUAUGAUUUGAAUUUAUUUGUAGCAAGUUUUAUUUAGUUCAUAGCAAUAUUUGUAAAACCAUUGUUAUUCAAAUUUAUCAAUACAAAUUGAAAUUUGUACAUUUUAUAAGUAUAUAACUCGAUGGUAUUUCCUUCAUGUAUAUUUCUCUAACCCACCCCCCUAAAAAAAAGAAACGGCAACAUUCUGAGAUUAAUAAUAUCAUAACUUGAUUUACAUGGACAUUAAACUGUUGCGAUUUUUUCCCUCUUGUAACAUUAAUAUGGAAUCAUGGAAACACAGUACUCCUCAUGUUUGGAUCUUUGUAGAUCCAUUAAUCUUAAUUUGUAAGGAAAGCGCUCCCAGAUUUAUGAAAAUCAGUUUGUAUUCAUAUCUAUAGUAUCAUUGUUUUCUGUAGCCAAGUAUAUUCUUGACAACUUGUAUGAAAAAUGAAUGUACAUUUAAUUCCACUAUAUCUUUGCAAUUUUUUCUUAUUAUUCAUUAUGUAGAUGUAAAGCAUGGCAAAAGUAUAAAAUAAUGUUUUGUGUUGUACAUCACCAGUAAAAGAAACAAAUAUAUCAAUUUUGCCAAACACAAGAUCAUGUAAUUGCACACCAUAUUAAUUAUUUGCUGUGAAAUUGCAAUACAGUAGUAGUCAAUUCUGUGCUAAUCAAUAGCUCAAUGAUUGAUUUAUUUGACAAAAUUCUAAGAAUUAUUAAUUGCAAACACAGAUAUCUCUAUGAAUUUGUGAUUUCCAAUAUGAAAUAGUUAUUAAUGUAAAGCAAAGCAGUCUUUCAUUCAAACUUCAGAAAAGAAUACAAACAUUUAGAAAUUUGUCAUUAUUGAUGAGCAUUUGUGAGUUUUCGUCUGCACUUUACAAAUAGUUGUAAUGCAAAAUGUGUAUUUUUAUCAAUCCAUGAAAAUGUUAACAAACCUGCCAAUUGCUGAUGAUCAAAGAUUUCUUUUAGUCAUUUAUAGUUAUCUUUGUAUGUGUUGUUAAUUUUGAAAAAUGCUUUACAUUUUCCUCAAUCAAUUCUUUUUAUGUUGUAGGAUAGAAAUUUCUUUUUGUUUGUGUUUAUUGAUGGGGAAUGGUGUGUGAAAGAGUCAAUAUGAAAUGAAUUCUUUAGUAUUAUUAUUCUCUUAAAUCUACUUAUUAUGUGAUUUAAAUGACUAAAUUUCUUUAUGAUAAUAUGGCUUUCAAUAAAAAUUGGUGAAAUAGAUUGUAGAUCAUUAUAUUUUAUUUCUCAAUUGGUAUAUUACCAUUCAACUAAUAAAUAAUUUUUCUCACAAUUUGGGGUGGAGAUAUACUUUUGAGCCUCGCAGGUGAAUCAUGUUAGAUAUAUUUUGGUGUAGAUAUUAUGACUUGAAAAGAGAUAAUGUAUAGCAGCUUUAAGUGGUAAAAGUAUAUGUGGUGUACAUGUUCAAAAGAUUGUUUUUACAGUAAAAAAACAAAGACUCCAUUAAAUGCACCUAAAUGUAGCAAAUAUCAAA